CUUGCCUUGUGAUUCAUCAUUAUCAUCUCCUGUACGGACACAGAAAUGGACCCUGGUGUCUUUCUCCUGCAGCCGCCUGUUUACCAUCCGAUUGUUCCCUAUGUGUGCACAAUUUUUGGGGGUCUCCGUCCUGGCAAAAUGAUUCUUAUACAAGGGACUGUUUCGAGCACAGCAAGUAGGUUCCAGAUCGAUCUGCAGUCUGGUUGCAGCACUAGUCCACGGGCCGACGUAGCAUUCCAUUUUAACCCCCGGUUUUCAUCCUCUGAAACCCAUGUCAUCUGUAAUACUCUGCGGAAGGACCAGUGGCUUGACGAGAUUCGCUUUUCAAAGAUCCCCCUCCACAAAGCUCAGUCUUUUCAAAUAGUCUACCUGUUUCUUGCAGACAGAAUUAAGGUCAGCAUUGGAGGUCAACAUAUCCUAGAUUUUGCCCACCGUCUCCCUCUAAAUGAUGUUGAUACAUUCGGGAUCUAUGGGGAUGUUGCCGUCAAGGAUAUAUCGUUUCUCUGUUGUAAUCCAUAUCAUGAUGAACUGACAGAGUAUCCAGUGUGCCAGCCUCUGAAACUUGGCAGUGCAGCCCUGGAAACACCUCUGUUGAUGAGUCUGCCUGAUGGUCUCUCAGAAAGUCACCUGAUUAAAGUGCGGGGUUUGGUUUUGGAGGACCCAGAUAAGAUUAAUAUUUGGUUGAAAUCCGGUGAACUUAUUCCCUUCAGUUUGACUGCCAACUUCCAAGACCAAACCUUGUGUUUCAACCACUUAACUGGACAAUCUUGGUCUGAGCCUCAGAAGAUUCAAACCCCUUUUUUCUUAUUUCACGAAGAAAGAUUUUUUGAGAUUUUAAUCCUGCCUGAAGAUAGGGUUUUCAAGCUUGCCAUUAACGGAACUCCCCUGGGUGAAUUCUUCAUCCCCGGCCUGGAUCUGAAAUCCAUUAAUGAGAUGGAGAUUAACGGGAGAGCCAAGCUGUAUACUGUUCAGUGCUGACACCAUUUCUUAAUACCGAUCAUCCUUUAUCUCCUUAGUGUGUUUUACGCACACUGUUGGCGUAUGGAAUAUGACAGUUUAUCCUGCAAACCUUUCUCUUUCUUCUAUUGAAGAACCACCCCUGAUUGCUGCAUGCACAUGAAACCACUAUUUUUAUUGGCUACUAAAGAUACCACUAGCUGUUAAUUUUCAUAAUCCUAUGCUGGCUUGACUGCAAGACCUCGAACUAUCUGACUUGCCAAGUAAUUUAUCAUUUACGAAACCCAGGCCCUCUGUUCUAUGGAACCACCUGUAAGCCUGAAUCGGAGGGGUACUCCUAAGUAUAUGCUGUGUAAUGACCGAAAGAAACUGAACGAACUUGAGGGCACAAAAGUUUUCAGCUAUGGCAAGCAGACGUUUGACACUAUAUCAUGCUCUAGCACACCAGUAUAUGUAUAUUGUAUGCAUUGAAUAAUGAUAAUCAUGAACUACAUUUUAGAGCCACACUGUGCCUUUACAAUGACAAAACUGUGCCAUAUUCCUGAAAUCUACAUUUUCUGUCAAAGCAGGCCUAGAUUUUUAAAAAUUAUUUUGUAAUCAUCCAUGCUAUGUACAAGACUAUUACCUCACCUCUUAUUAUGCACCAUAAAGGCAAAGUAUUAUUGGACAUUGCAGCCAACACCCACCGUCCUUUGUUUCUGCCUCCCGAUAUACCUAAGUCUUGUAGGCAUGCCCUUGCAGAUUGUCUAAAAACACAAACCUCUUAUUUGCAGUUGUUUGUUCUACUGAUUGCAUUUACUCGGGGGCUAUUGGUUUGACCUGUCUGUAAGUGGGAUUGCAAAUAUUAAACGAA